AUGACCUGCGUCGACCUCAACCUUGGCCUUAUUAAGAUUCAGCAAGUGGACAAGAGGAAGCCAUGGAGAAACUCAAGGGAAAGAGCCCAUCAAUCAAAGUCGCCUUCUCGACUGUUUGCGCACUUCACCCUGUAUGUUCUGAAGGAUGUUCAAUCUAACAAUUUGACAAGUGGCGUGUGCAUGGAACCUCAAUCUCGCCACAUUAAUGUCAAUGAUAUUCCUCUAGGGCUAAUGGACAUAUGUAUGCCACUCGCAUGCGUCCUAUCUCUUUCGGGAUUAUAUUACGAGAGAUUCUCAAUAUCACUCUUCUAUUUACAAAAAUUCCCGAACGCGGUUGAACUUUAA